GGGUCAUGUGACUCAAGCUCACGUGUUUCUGGAGUCGGCUCCGGGAAGACGCUUAGGAGGUUUGUGUAAUGAGAUUUUAGGUGAAGAACUUGAGCCCCAAAAGGGAUGUGACGAGAUUCGGAUCCCAUACCUUUAAGCAGAGGAAACAGCCCUUUUCAAGGAAAGCAGGUUGACAGGAGGACCCCCAGACUAGUAACCCUGAAGGGGCAGGUGUUCUCUCCACCACGCCAGGAAUGUGGUCCUGAACCCACCCACAGCUUUCGCAAGAAAAGUAGUCCUAGGCCAUGGCCCAAGCCAGCAUCAACAGCGACUACAGCGAGUGGGGCUCCAGCACGGAUGCUGGCGAGCGGGCCCGUUUGCUACAGAGUCCCUGUGUGGACGUGGUGCCCAAGAGUGAGGGGGAGGCAUGUGCCGGAGGUCCAGACAGCGGCACCACCUCGACGCUUGGAGCCGUCUUCAUCGUCGUCAAUGCCUGCCUGGGUGCAGGGCUGCUCAACUUCCCAGCAGCCUUCAGCACUGCUGGGGGUGUGGCAGCUGGCAUCGCCCUGCAGAUGGGCAUGCUGGUUUUCAUCAUUAGUGGGCUUGUCAUUCUGGCCUACUGCUCCCAGGCCAGCAACGAGAGAACCUACCAGGAGGUGGUUUGGGCCGUGUGUGGCAAGCUGACAGGCGUGCUGUGUGAGGUUACCAUUGCAGUCUACACCUUUGGAACCUGCAUCGCCUUUCUCAUCAUCAUUGGGGACCAGCAGGACAAAAUAAUAGCUGUGAUGGCAAAGGAGGCCGAAGGGGCCAGCGGAAGCCCCUGGUACACAGACCGCAAGUUCACCAUCAGCCUUACUGCCUUCCUCUUCAUCCUGCCCCUGUCCAUCCCCAGGGAGAUCGGCUUCCAGAAAUAUGCCAGCUUCCUGAGCGUUGUGGGCAUCUGGUACGUCACCGCCAUUAUAAUCAUCAAAUACAUCUGGCCAGAUAAAGAGAUGCGCCCAGCGGACAUCUUGACCAGACCAGCUUCCUGGAUGGCUGUGUUCAAUGCCAUGCCCACCAUCUGCUUCGGAUUUCAGUGCCACGUGAGCAGCGUACCUGUCUUCAACAGCAUGCGGCAGCCCGAAGUAAAGACCUGGGGUGGAGUGGUAACAGCUGCCAUGGUCAUAGCUCUGGCUGUCUACAUGGGCACAGGCAUCUGUGGCUUCCUGACUUUCGGAGCUACGGUGGAUCCUGAUGUGCUCCGGUCCUACCCCUCAGAGGACGUGGCUGUGGCCGUUGCCCGAGCCUUCAUCAUCCUGAGCGUCCUCACCUCCUACCCGAUCUUGCACUUCUGUGGGCGGGCUGUGGUGGAAGGCCUGUGGCUGCGCUACAAGGGGGUGCCAGUGGAGGAGGACGUGGGGCGGGAGCGGCAGCGCCGAGUCCUGCAGACGCUGGCGUGGUUCCUGCUCACCCUGCUGCUCGCCCUCUUUAUCCCCGACAUCGGCAAGGUCAUCUCGGUCAUUGGAGGCCUGGCAGCCUGCUUCAUCUUCAUCUUCCCAGGGCUGUGCCUCAUUCAAGCCAAACUGUCAGAGAUGGAGGAGGUCAAACCUGCCAGUUGGUGGGCACUGGUCAGUUAUGGAGUCCUUCUGGUCACCCUGGGAGCCUUUAUCUUCGGCCAGACCACAGCCAAUGCCAUCUUUGUGGACCUGUUGGCAUGAACACUGCCUCCCUGAAAACACAUGACCAAGAGCCAUCCCUUGCAUCUGUGGAGCUACCCCAAGCCCUACGCCCUGUUCCAACUGGCAAGAUGACAUCUGGACACCUUUUUCUGGGGAUUGUCAUGAAUGAGACAAUCGGCCGCAAGUCUGCGGAUAUCUCCUGCCCAGCUGCCUUCCUGCUCUCCAACUCUGGCAUUGUCUCAGAUGGUGGCAGGAGGUCCCACAUCACAGGCGUGUCCCCCUUCACCCAGCUCUCAGUUUCAAGCCUUUGGGACCUGUGAGUGGAGAGGGUCAGUGAGUCUUAGAAGAGAGAGCCCAUUUCACUUCUCUCUGGGAAAAGAACAAAAAUACGUAUGCCCAGGGCUGGCACCCUCAGAGCAUGUCAGGGCUGUGCCCAGCACCUCGGGGUUUUGUGCCUGCCCAUGUCUCUCAGAAGCCAAUGAUGGCUUUUCCUGGGACUUGGGCACUUCCAAAGGAGACACUGACAUCAUAUAAAUGUCCAUUCCUCUCUGGG